GCAGAGGACUCUCGCUUCCGAUAAUCAUACUUUAAAUGCUAAUAAACAGCCUUUUCGCUCCGCAGAGUGCUGUUUUUAAAAGCUGGGAAGCGGCAAAUUGGAGUUACUGGUUGCGCGCUCUCUCCUUUGGAGGAGGGAAUUGCGCAAGGAAAAGAACAGAAGCCUUUAAUUUGUAACCAAAAAUCCCAAGAGUUGAGCUGCCUAAUACAAACAGACUCGGUGCAUAUUUUAAUACAGAACUAAAGGAAGAGGACAUUUGCCUCUUGGGCUCAUCUCAACCACCGGCCGGGGGUAGCUUCGCAGAGACGCAAGAUUGGUCUCUGGACAAUAAAAGAAGAGUAGGGUGGCGGUUUUCAAGGGAAGUUAAGUCUAGACACGCUUCUCUGAAAGUCACAAGGCAAAAGUUACGUCAAAAGCAGAAUGUGUAAGAAACAAAACACCAUGAGCUUAUCCCCUCGCUCUUACUGGCAGCACAAGCCGCUGCCUCGGCGCCCGCCCGCAGUCUGCUUUCGAGAAGCCAGGGAAGGGCCCGGGUGGACUAGAGAGGGGCCGGCGCCGCCGAGGCCCUUCCUUACCCGCCGCGCCCCGCUCUCCUCGGCGGGCGGGUCAUGGCCGACGGCGGUGGCAGCAGCAGCAGCUCCGGCUCCUGGUGGACUUCGCUAACGAGCAGCAGGAAGAAGAGCAAGUACACCCUGGGGGCCGCGCAGCCUUCCGCGCAGCCUGCCCCCGGGGAACCCGCGCCGUCCGGCCCGGACUGGACUAGCGGUUCCCAGGAGAAUCAGCACCCCAAUCUCCUCGGGGGCGCCGGAGAGCCCCACAGGCCGGACAAGAUGUGCGAGGAGAAGUCGGGCAACAGCCGCCGGAAUUUAAAGAUCUCGCGCUCGGGCCGCUUUAAGGAGAAGAGGAAAGUGCGCGCCACUCUGCUCCCCGAGGGAGUCAGGUCCUCGGAGGAGGCGGGCUCCCCUGGUGACCCCCACGACAGUAAGCAAUAGCCAGAGAGCUCCAAGACUGUCUCUCUUCCCGCCACUCCUCCCCAACCCCAGUUCUAAACCAGACAAUUCUGACCCGCCUCUGCACCUGGUGUCUCACCCACCAAAUUCAGAACAUUCGCACAAGGCCUCUAGAUUUUAUUUUCCUGGAAAUUUAAGUUGUCAGUUGAGUGGUCCAUAUUUCACGACUCAAGGAUGCCUUAGAUAUUUAUUCGCGGUAAAAGAAUAUACAUAGAGGAAGUUGGAAUAAUUUUUUUUUUCAAAAAGCUCCCGUGGCCUCUCUAGCAUCACCUCUGAGAGUGAGAAGGGUACUUCUCUAAGAGACCUUAGCUCAACUGGAAUUGCGCAGCCCCUCCAAUGAGGAAGGCAUUCUCUGAUUCAGGACUUGCUGUUGCAAAGCAAAUCACAGUGCUGUCUUUAAUGCCUGAGAAAUGCACUUUAGGAGUACUUCUGUAGACUUAUACCUUAAGGAAAGGGAUAGGAGAGAGCAGGAAGCAUCAUUAAGCAGAAACAUUUUAAGUAAGGCAAGAUUGCUUUUAAUGUUGAACUACAAAACUGUAUUGCCUACUUUAGUGUGGACUAUUAAAAUUGUUGCACUGUAAGACUUCA